CUCGCGCGAAGAGGCGGGUUUUUUUUCAAGAUCCACGAUCCGUUGUUCGCUUAAGGACCCCGUGUCCUUUGCCGACUGGCAUUGUUAAGUUCCUCGAAUCGAGCAAGCUCGUGAAGGGGACUAGCUCACUGAUUUGCUUCGUGCGUCCGAACGCUCGAGCACCGUUCCACUAAACGCGCGUCUAUCCCCUCGGACCGAUCUUUUCUGCCGGUUCGCGAUGACCGCGGUGUUGGGCGACUUAUCAGUCCGCCUGGAAAACCCGACCGUGAAGUGGGUGGCGGCGGGCGCCGCCGCGACCGGCGGUCUGUAUCUCGCCGUGAAAUACUCUUGGUUCCGUAAGAACCCUUUCUAUGUUUUCUCCGGGAAGACCGGCGCGAUGGCUAAGGACCUCGUCGACUCCGGCAUAAACUCCUACAAUAAGUUCUUCGAUCAGGAGGACGGCAAGGGUGUCGGCGAUAGGAUCCUCAGCACCCCAGAGUUCGUCAACAAGUUUUACUCUCUGAUCACCGACUUUUAUGAGUACGGAUGGGGAGAGAGCUUUCACUUCGCGGCUCGUGAAGUCGGCGAGAGCUUCGAGGCUAGCAUCAUCCGCCAGGAGACCGCCAUCGCGGAGACGAUCGGCUUGAAACCCGGCAUGAAGGCGCUUGACAUCGGCUGCGGCGUUGGAGGUCCCAUGCGCAACAUCGUCAAGGCCACUGGUGGGCACGUUACCGGGAUCACCAUCAACGAGUACCAGGUCGGACGAUGCAAGAAACUCAACAAGGAGGCUGGACUGGCGGAUCUUACGGAGAUUGUGCAGGGUAACUUCAUGGACCUCAGCAAGGUUUUCAAGGCGAACACCUUCGACGGCGCGUACGCCAUCGAGGCAGCCUGCCACGCAUCCAACACUGCUGCUCUGUACAAGGAGGUUUUCCAGGUUCUCAAACCUGGCGCUCUCUUCUCGUCGUACGAAUGGCUGCGCACUUCGAAGUACGACAAGAACAACAAAAUUCAUGUGGAUGUUGUAGAUGGUAUCGCCGAGGGAAAUGCACUCCCUGAGGUUCGCACCAUUGAAGAGUGCAUCGCUGCCGCUAAGGAGGCUGGCUUCGAGGUUCAGUACACCUUCGAUCGCGCCACCACUGGUGGUGUACCUUGGCAGGCUGCCAUGAAGUCCGCUCGUAGGGCUGCUUACCUCACUCACAUCCUGACUGGUGUGCUUGAGUUCAUUCGCUUUGCACCCAAGGGUACUCAGGCGGUUCACACCAUGCUUCUCAAGGCUGCCGUCAACCUGGAGAAGGGCGGAGAUCUCGGUAUUUUCAGCCCUAUGUAUCUCAUCGUGAUGCGGAAGCCCACCGCCUGAUGUCGCCUCUCGAGGACAUCCCUGAUAAUUCAGGUAUUAUGAAAUGAACUUUUAUUUACAAUCU